AUGGCCGGCAGGCGGCCGAAGGUCAUGGAGGCGCAUGUCGGCCUGAAGCUGUUCCGGGUGGCUGGGCUCAUCAUCACCUUCAUCGGCUGGGUCGUCACCAUCUGGGGGCUGGUGCGCGUGGCAGAGGAUUUGGAGGAUGUGUGCAACGGGCGGCAGUGCGACGAGCUGGACGUGUACUGGUCCUACCUGGUGUACCAAAUCUUUGUGUUGCUGUGCGUGGGCGUGGCGGAGUGGUUUGGGGCCCCUGAGUUCACGGUGCUGUCCCUGCUGGGCCUGUGCAUGGUGGCCUCCACGGUGGACCAGUGGGCCGCGGACAUCUUCCGCACGGGCGUGGAGUGCGGCGAGCUGGCGUUCGCGGGCUGGGCGGUCAUGGCGGCGGGCAACAUCGUGAUGAUAAUCGGCCUGGGGUACAAGAAGGUGGAAGAGCUGAAGACGGGGGUCGGUCGGUCCAACCUGUUCUUGGGCCAGAGCGGGUCCGGCGCUGUAAGGGGCGAGCCGCUGAUCGUGGGAGGGGGCGCGGGGGCCGCCGCGGAGGCGGGCGCCGCAGGGGCCAACCAGCCGCCGGUGUACGAGGACCUGCCCACGGACUUCUCCGUCGGUCUGUGGGUGUAUCCCGUGCUCGGGGUGCUGUCGCUGGGGUCGCUGACCCUGUCCGUGGCCAGCGCGCGGAAGUGGUGCGAGGACUUCGACUGCGAGCCGCUGAAGUUCUACUGGUGGAUCGUGGCUCUGGAGGGCGUUGUGCUGCUGUUCGUGUUCGUUAUGCGGCUGCUGGGCCGGCUGACGCCCUGGACGCAGGCGGCCACCUUCCUGCUGGCCAUGCCCACGACCUUCCUGGCCAUCUGGGCGCAGAACUUCUUCCACCUGGCGCGGGAGGACUUCCCAGACAAGGCCUCCCUGCGUGGGGCGGCCGUGGGCACCCUGCUGCUGGCCGUCUCCAACUACCUGCUGGCCUUCACUUUGGGCUUCCACAUGAGCACCAGGGUGCUGCGCAAGCCGCCGUUCUGGGCCAGUCAGGUGCGCGUGAUAAUGGUCGCGCUGGGCAUCGCGGGCUGGGUGAUCGCCCUCAUCGGCGUGACCAGGAGCCAGGAGUACCUGUGCAGCGACAACCAGGACGCCUUCGACGACGACCUGAUGUGCGACAAGUUCCGCCUCUACUGGUGGUUCUUCAGCCUGGAAGCCGCUGUGCUGAUCAUGUUCUUCGUCGGCCUGUUCCUGCACCUCAAGGCGGGCUGGACGGCCGUGACGCUCACCUUCGCGGCGGUGGCGGCAAUCUGGCCCCUCCUCGUUGCCGACGAGUUCAGGGUGUUCCCGGCUGUGACCGCGGGCGACAGGGACCAACGGGCCUAUCAGGGGCACCUCAUCAUGUCGGUUGCCUUCCUGGCGCUGGUGUCCGUGGAGUUGUUUUAG